AUAAUGUCGCUAGUCGUCCCCACUGCACUGUGAGUGUAGCGUUGCAGUGUGAUUUCAUGGCGUAGGGGGCGCUGCUGCACCACAGAGACAUACAUGUGGUCAAAAUGGCGGAGGCUAUGAGAGCAUCAGUCGCAGAGCUACUGCACGGAAUUGACAGAUACAACCCAGAGAACCUGGCCACCCUGGAGCGGUAUGUGGACCUGCAGUGCAAGGAGAACACCUACGACCUGGAGGCCAACCUGGCUGUGCUGAAACUGUACGUUACCUUAAACAAACAAACAAACAAACAAACAAACUGUAGUACGUUACCUUAUAUACCAACCUGGCUGUCCUCAAACUGUACGUUACCUAAAACAAACAAACAAACAAACAAACGAACUGUAGUACGUUACCUUAUAUACCAACCUGGCUGUCCUCAAACUGUACGUUACCUAAAACAAACAAACAAACAAACAAACGAACUGUAUCCUCAAACACAAGAGGAGGAGAUGAUCACCCGAGUGACCUUCCUGGCCGACCUUCUGGAGACGUGUCAGUUCAAGAACUUCUGGAAGGAGAUCGCUCUCACACCUGAAGUCAUCGAGGGCGUCUCGGGGUUUGAGGACUCCGUCAGGAAAUUUAUCUGCCAUGUUGUCAGCAUCACCUACCAGAGGAUAGACAAGCAGACACUACUGGAACUGCUGGGAGACAUAGAUGAUCAGCAGCUGAAGCAGUGGAUGAACAAGUACGGCUGGCGGGACGACAGCGAAGGCUUCGUCUUCCUGGCCAAUCAGGAGGAGAACGUAAAGACCAAGAACAUCGUGGAGAAGAUUGACUUCGAGAGUGUAGCAGGCAUCAUGGCGGCUGCCAUCCAGCGAUGAUCAGGCGCAGCAGUCAGGGAUGUGUGUCAAAUUCCAACUAUCAUAAUACUGUACUUGUAGCUACUCUUCAAGCAGAGGUCCGGCUCCUAAGCCUUUUUGUUGGUGGUUCUAUUUUAUCAGUUUUCCUUGGUAGGUCAAUACAUAUCUACAGAAACUGAGAAAAUAUGCAGACAAAAUGCUUGAAAAGAUGUUCAGAACAAGCCUGAGCCUAGCCUCUGCUUGGAGAGUACUUAUAGCAAGAUGUUGUACUGUGGUUAAUUCUAGCGUGACAACUGAGUGUAGUGAAGUCCACUUUGUCCAACUAGGCAAGUGAGAAGAUAGUUGAUACUGGAGUGAUAUCAAAUUGUGGACAAUUAAACAGAUUCAGACCAGA